UCACAGUCUCCUUCCAAGCCAUGCAGCCUCAAUAUCCACUCAACAGCCGCCACUGUUGAUCAGCAGGGACAGCAGGUUUCCAUUAUGGCAGGGGUGGGGACCGAGAACCCCAGCCUGGUCGAUACAGAGCUCCGUGACAUGGAUGAGGACCGUUUGUGGGAGAUGGUGGAAGGCCAUCGCUAUAGAAUUGUGCGGGGUGUUUGCCCGAGCCGGCUGACGCCUUAUUUACGACAGGCCAAGGUGUUUGGCCAACUGGAUGAGGAAGAGGUGCUGCACAGCCCACAGUUCACAAACAGUGCCAUGAGAGCUGGCCACAUGCUGGAUCUCUUGAAAUCCCGUGGGAAAAACGGAGCCCUUGCCUUUUUGGAGAGCCUGAAACUCCACAACCCUGACAUUUAUACUCUCAUCACUGGCUUGGAGCCUUCUAUAGACCCCAACAACUUCAGCGGUCUGAUUGAGAGCUCCCAGGUCACUGAAUGCUUGGGCAAGGCCGUGAGCAGCCUCCAGGAAGAACUGAGCCUAGAGAAGCGACAAAAGCUCUCCCUGUUACAGCAUUGCCGUCAGCUGAAGGAGAAAGCGGCUCGACUGGAAGCCCAGGCCGAAAGCCUGAGAGGCAUCGAGGCGGAGUGCAACCGCAUGAAGAGGGAGCUCAGUGCUUAUUUCCACGAGGCCCUCAAGCUGAAGGAUGAGCUGUACAGCCUGUCCUUGCGCUACAGCAGUGCUCUGCAGGAGAAGGACAUGGCUAUCACCCGUUGCCAGAGCCUGCAGGAAGAGCUCUACCUGAUGAAGCAGGAAUUGCAGCAAGCCCGGGUUUCAUCCUAUUGCGAGAGAGAACGAUCCCAGAAGGCGAACGAGGAUGUGCAUCCACAGGCAGAUGAGCUGCUGAUGCUGAAAGAGGAGAAUGAGCGUCUCAAGUCACUUGUGGAUCUGGAGACUUUCAGUGUGGUGGAGAAGGACAUUCUAGAGCAGACCCUCGAUGAGGCUCUGGAGGGCAAACAGGAGCUGCUGAACCGGAUCCACUCACUCAGGGAGCAGGCGGUGCUGGCUGAGAAUCGGCGCAAGCAGUGCUGGGAAGAAAGACAACACACUCUGAUUGAGUGCCAAAGGAUGAAGGUGGACUGCGAGAUUUACAAGGAGAAAAUCUGCGCUCUCCAGGCACAAGUGGAUGACCUGCAGAAAGAGCGAGAUCAGGCUUACAUUGCGAGGGAUGCUGCCCAGGCGGAAAUUUCUCACAGUCUCUUUGAGAAAGAUUCCCUCCGCCGCAAAGUCUUUGAGCUCACUGAACAGAUCUGGGAAUUCCGGAAGCAGGUGGGCCUGAGCGGCUCAGCCUGGAUGCAGGUUCCGGGGAAUGGGCUGUCCUGCUCAGAGUCCAGGGAGCACUGUCCAAAGAGGAAGCAGCGGCUCGUGCGCAUGCAUGCCAUCUGCCUCCAGGACGAGAACCAGGACAGCCUCUUGAGCAUAUCUGAGCACUCGUCAGAUUUAAGCAGCCGGUCAAGUCAAGAGCUAGCUGAGAGCUUCCGCUCCUGCAGCCCCGUGCCACCUUGCAAGGAUUCGCUACAGAGGAGAGCCAUGCAAGAGAGUUUCUUUUCCAGAAGCAGUUCCCAGGAGUUUUUGGAGGAGGAUUUUGCUUUUCUCUCUGAGGAGAAAGUGGAGAAUCUUGCUUCUGAAUAUGAAAUGGUGGGGAAAGAGGAUGGCAUCUCCCAGUGGCUCCACAUGGAUCCCUGCAUCUCAGAGAGUGUACCCAUGCGCCGGCGGCUUGCACAGCGCUUCACAAGCCGCAUCACCACCAUUGCUUUCCAAGCCAAUGCUCUGCUGGAACAGAUCAGCGUCAUUGGAGGCAAUCAGACGGGUAUCUUCAUUCACCAAGUCACGCUCGGUUCUCCUGCUGAUGAGAUGUCCUUAUCGCCAGGCCAACAAAUCGUUCUGGUGGACUAUGGAGUGAUGGAGCCAGGGUUCAAGGCUGUCUUGGAAGAUGCAACUCUUGAGGAGGCCCUUUGGGUCUUGGAGAGGGUGAAUGGUUUCUGCUGCCUGUCUGUGAGGCCCAACAUGGAGGGUUAUAAGAAGCUGCUGAGCGACCUGAACGCCAAGCUGGUAACAUCUGGCGACUCUUUCUACAUUCGGUCCAACCUUUGCCUCGAGAGGCAGUUGGCUGGUGAUCUUCCAGUGGGGUGCCAUGACAUUCUGCAUGUUACUGAUACUGUGUACCAGGGCCAAACCCGAUGGAGCGCCUGUCGGGUGAACGCCUGUACCAUGAAGGAUAUGGAUGCUGGCAUUAUCCCCAACUACUGCCAGGCUCAGCAACAACUCAUUUCUCUAAUACAGGAGCUGGCACAGAAGAGCACAGUUUCUGGCAAGAAUUCUGGAGCACAGCCCAAGUUGGUGCGUAUUGUUAGCACAGACAAUAAGAAGAUUAACCCGCUCUGGUCAUCCAUGGACUGCAGCCCAUUGGACUCCAGCAAGCCAGAUGUGUGUCCCAGGGUCAGCCGCCACGCAAGGAGCUGUGUCACACUGAUGCCCUACACUCUGGUCAAGCCCUGUAGGCCUGGCCGGCCACGCCCAGUGCUCUUGGUGCCUGCGCUUUUGGGGAGAAUCAUGGCCGACAAACUGUGUCUGUCCAAGAGCUUUGAGAAAUGUCCAACAGAUCCCCAGAAAGAAACACAGAGCAGAGAUGCAUCCUCUGAUAAGAGAGAGACAAAUACUAGCUGCUGCAUUCCACGCCAGACUCUGGAAGUGCUAAUGGAGAAGGAGAUUCAUGGCUGGCUGGACAUAGGCCUGGAGAAAGUGCAAGAACUGCUGGCUGUGGAAAUUUACCCCAUCAUUAUCUUGGUCGUCAUCAGUGAGAAGAGCAGCAAGAAAUUCAGGAAAUCCCUACAGCGCCUUGGAGCAACUGAGGAACAGCUGUUGGAGACUGCCUGGAAAGAAGAGGCUCAGCUCGAGAGAGUGCCCUGCCUGUACGGCACCAUCACCCCUGAUGCUUGGAAUGACCUUGAUGCUCUUGCCAAUUGUGUCCGAGUGGCCAUCGCUGAUGAGCAAAAGAAGGUGGUGUGGGUGGAACAAGUGGCUCAUUGACCCCUUCGGGAGACAGACCGGCUUGAGUUAAUCAUUUAUAUCGGGCAACUUGAGAAAUGCUAAUAUUGACUCUGGAUCCAGUUAAAAGAUGACUGGGGCAAGUUGUAGCACAGCUAAGUAGGAAAGGUUAAUAAAUAAGCCGUUCACUCCACUGUUCUCAAAUUUCUGAACUGUCAUUGCUUGUGGGUGCCCUGACCUGGAUAGCCCAGGUGAGCCUGAUCUUGUCAGAAGCUAAGCAGAGUCGGCCUGGUUAAUAAUUGGAUGGGAGACCUCCAACGAAGAUUAGGAUUGCAGAGGCAGGCAAUGGCAAACCACCCGUCACAUCUCUUGCCAUGAAAACCCCGCCAGGGGUCACCAUAAGUCAACUCUGACUUGAGGGCACCCUCCACCAAACCAUUGCUUGUUGGUAAUGCAUCUGUUUUGCAUACAGAAAAUCCUGGGUUCAAUCCCUGGCACGUCUACUUAAAAGGGUCAGGAAGUAGGUGAGGUGUUGGAGAGCCACUUCCGGUCAAGAGUGGAUAAUACUUUCAGGACUAAGGCUGAUUCCGCACACGUUGGAUAAUGCACUUCCAAUCCUCUUUAUAGAUCAUUUGGAACGGAUUUUUUCGUGUGCGGAACAAAAAGUCCACCUCAAAUGAUUGAUAAAGUGCACUGAAAGUGCAUUAUCCAACAUGUGCGGAAUCAGCCUAAGAGCUGUGGUUUGACCCUCCUUGUAGGUCUUGCACACCUCACAUGGGGCUGGCCGUACAGUUCGAGAAUCCAAAUAUACCAAUACAAGUAGCUUGAGCUAUGUUUGCAGAGUGCUCUCUAGGGGUAAGGUUAGUAUCAUGCCCUGUGAGACUGUGUAAGUAUUGGGAAAGAGGCAAGGAAGUAAAAUGGACAGAAUUCAUUGUCAUUUUUAUUGCAAAAGAAUUACACACUUUCUGAAAUUUCAGGGUGGUAGAAGGCAUCAAUUGUAAAAACGUUUUGAGCAACUAGAAUGUUGCUGACCAACCAG